GAAAUCUUGGUACUGAUGAUAAAUCUGUUAUAGAUAAAUUUAUCAGUGAGUUGGAAUCGUAUAAAAAAAUUGAUUAUCAUAAUAGUAUUUUGAAAUUUUAUGGAAUUACUCAAGAUGUGUCUUCCAAAAAAUAUUUUUUGGUAUUUGAAUACGCAGACGGUGGCACUCUUCGCCGGUAUCUUCAAAAAAAUUUUUCUUCAUUGUCAUGGAAUGAUAAAUUAAACCUUGCUAGGCAGAUAGCGAGUGGUAUAGUUUGUCUGCAUGAUAAUGAUAUAAUCCUCGGAAAUUUGAACUCAAACAAUAUAUUAUUGAGCGAUGGUGUGAUAAAAAUAACAGAUUUUGGUUUAUCCAAAAAUUCUUCACAAGUUACUAGACGUGUUUCUGAUGCUAAAGUAUUGGAAAAACUUCAAAAUACUGAGGUUCCUAUUAAAAAGAGAAGUAACGAGAGUAUUUCAAAUAAUACGAAACCAAGAACUCGAAGAUCAUCCUCCGAAGGCAAAAGAACUUCAUAUCCGAGUGUUGUUAUUUCCAAUGAUACAUUAAAUGCUAUUACUGAAAUUCAGACUACUGGAAGAUCUAAAAAGCUUGGAACAAUAAAUACUGAACUGAGUAAUUCGGCUUUUAAUGGAAUAAGACCAUCACAUUCAAGAA